UUUAAGAUUUACCUAUGCGUCAGGUACAUUUACUUAUUAUGCAUACUGACACACUUAUCAAGAUAGGAGUCGCUUUCGAGAUGACAUACCGCGAUGAUAAAAUCUUCUAGUGCAGCUCAAAAGUAAUCAGAUUUUGACAUGUCUGCAAAUAAAAGGCUCGAGUGAUAAACCAACGAAAUGUUGAUAGUUAUUAUAUUCAUCUUAUAUAAAAUAAAUGGAAAUAUUUUAUCUGCAUGUGUGUAUAAUUAAGGUAUUUCUGUGGACAUAAUUUUAGUGCUUUUUCGUUGCGGAGAAUUAUCAAAGCGAUGGGAGUUAAAGACUUUUUCAGGGACCUUCUCUAUAUGAAGGAUAUUUUGGUCGUCGUGUUGACUCCAAUAAUUCUAAUACCCUUCCUGGUCGUCGGGGAUAGUUCUGAAGCAAAAUGUGCAUACUGUGUCAUCAUCAUGGCGAUCUUUUGGAUCACAGAGGCGCUUCCAAUUGCUGUGACGUCAUUACUUCCUGUGUUCCUUUUCCCAAUGGUCGGUCUGUUAACAGUGAAGGAGACUGCACAGCGAUAUAUCAAUGAUACAAACAUGCUGUUUAUUGGUGGUCUAAUUGUUGCAGCCGCUAUUGAACACUGGAACAUCCACAAACGUAUUGCCCUUCGAAUAUUGUUAUUGGUCGGAGCGGAAGCGCGAUGGAUAAUGCUGGGUCUGAUGGCUCCAACCUGGUUCCUGUCCAUGUGGAUCAGCAACACGGCAACUACCGCCAUGAUGGUCCCCAUAGCAAAUGCUAUUCUGUUGCAACUCAAAGACACGGAACAAAAGUUCAAGAAAGGAAUUGAUAACGAGGCAGUAGAAUUGGAAGAUGUUAACGUUUCAGAGAAGCCGCCGAUUGAAAAUGAAAAUGCGAGUAAUGGAAAUUUAAAGAAUGAAACAAAUCCUAAUGUGUACAUUGAAACUGAAAAGGACAAGACUAAAGUAAAUUUUGAUGACAUACCAGACAAUGUUUUAGAGGAUGAUGACGAUCCUGCAUUCAGACGCUUGUGUAAAUGUCUUACAUUAAGCAUAGCGUAUUCCGCAAACGUUGGAGGGAUAGGGAGUCUUACCGGAACAGGACCAAACCUCGUGAUGAAAGGGCAGCUUGACAUAGUAUACGAAAAGUACGAAAUUUCAGAAUCUCCAAUCACGUUUGCAAGCUGGAUGGGAUUCGGCGUUCCUUUGUCAUUUACACUUGUCAUUAUCGUCUGGAUUUGGCUGCAGUUCUUUUUCCUCAGAUGCAAAGGUUGUUGUCAAGAUAAGAACAGCGACAAAAGUAUCAGGGUGAAAGCCGUUAUUCGGACAGAGUAUGAAAAACUUGGACCUAUCAGUUUUGGACAGGGAGCUAUUAUGGGACACUUCAUAGUUUUAGCUAUUUUAUGGAUCACCCGAGAUAUGGGCGGAGAGUACGGCUGGGGUUCCCUUUUCCAAAAAGGAUACGUAAAAGAUGGAGUGCCAGCCAUAUUUAUAGCUACAAUGCUGUUUAUUUUUCCAUCGAAUUUGCCUCAAGUAUUUUGUCUGAGGCCAAAUGGUAAACGUGCUCCGCUGAAACCUCUCAUGUCAUGGAAGGCAGCAGUGGAGAAGGUGCCUUGGGGAGUGGUGUUUCUCUUAGGGGGUGGAUUUGCAAUGGCAUAUGCGUCGGAGAAAUCGGGUCUGUCAGCCUGGGUGGGUGAGAAGUUAACCGUCCUGGACUACCUGUCGCCAUGGGUACUGAAUCUAGUACUGUGUUACAUCGUAGCCGCAAUGACGGAGGUCACUAGCAACACUGCAACUUGCACUUUGAUGAUGCCGAUCCUUGCAAACUUGGCAGUGCAUCUGCAACAAAGUCCCAUAUAUUUGAUGUUCCCAACCGCCAUAGCAACGUCCUUCGCCUUUAUGUUGCCCGUGGCAACGCCGCCAAAUGCCGUUGUGUUCUCAUAUGGCUAUGUCCGAGUUAUUGAUAUGGUUAUGUCCGGUUUUAUACUGAAUAUCGUCUGCGUGCUUCUUCUGAUUGGCUUUUCGGAAUCACUCGGAGACAAACUGUUUGACUUCCAUAAUAUUCCAGCAGAAAUUUUAAAGACCUACAACAUAUCCUCAACGUGAUCCCAGUACAGUUUAUGCUUAAAGCACGGAUUUUACAGUGCAUGGAUUUUACAGUGCAAGUUUAUGCAGAAAACAUGGAUUUUUCUGUGCAUGUAUUUUACUGUGCAAGUCUGUUUUAUAAAGUACAGAUUCCAAUGCACAAGUUAUAGCUAAAAGCACGGAUUUUACAGUGCAAGUUUAUGCUGAAAACAUGGAUUUUUCUUAGCAUAUCUAUUUGAUAAAGAGUAUAUUCUGCAGUGUGAGUAUAGUUUAAAAGCAUGGAUUUUUUACAGCGUUUUUACAGUCAAAAUCCAUAGAUUUUACAAAAUUUUAUGUUAGUUUAUUCAUAAAGCAUGGAUUUACGUUGAAUGCUUAUGUUUAAAGCAAGGGUUUUCCGUGCAUAUCUGUUUAAUAAAAUUUAAUCAUAUAUUUAAAUGCGGAAAAAUGUUCAAUCUGCAUAGAUUUUACAUUGCAACUUUAUUCAAAAAGCAUGAAUUCCACAGUUCAAGUUUAUGACGAAAGCGUAGAUUUAACAUUGCAAGCUUAUUCGUAAAGAAUAGAAGUAACAGAGCACAUUUAUCAAGAUGUUCUACGAUUUAAAUGUUAAAGGAGAUGUAAUUAUAAACAGUCUGUAUUUUUACUUAUUCUUUAAUUUGAAUUAUAUGAAACAGUUAUAUAUUUUUCAAAAAAAAUAGUUAGAUGUUAUGUUCUAACAAAAGUAAGGUUGUGAAAAUAGCAGGUCAAAUACUGUGAAAUCAUUUUGUAUAUUCGUUGGGACUAAUUUCCGUGGUUGAGCCAGUCCACUAAAUUAAAUCCCAACAAUCAAGCCCAA